AUGGCGCAUGCAGAAGUCCCUUUCGUGCCUUUAAACCAGGGUAUUCGUGUGAUGUUCUAUCUGGUCUCUCCAAAUGAAACAUCAUUCAGACAUCUGGAGGAAGUGCCAGACUACGUCCAGAAGGCCACGCCCUUUUUCCUGGGAAUGCUGGUCCUGGAGUUGGUGUUGGGCUGGGCUAAGACUGGAGGCCCUGUCAUUCGAAUCAAUGAUGGAGCCACCUCUGUGUCAGCUGGCAUGUUGUCCAGACUUCCACAGCUGUUUGUGAGGAGUCUGGAGCUAUCCAGUUAUAUUUAUAUCUGGAACAAUUACCAUGUGCUGGAACUCCCCUGGGACUCUCCCUGGACCUGGUGGCUGACCUUCCUGGGUGUGGACCUGGGAUACUACUGGGUCCACCGCUUCUCUCAUGAGGUGAACAUCCUGUGGGCUGCCCAUCAAGUGCAUCACAGCUCAGAGGACUACAACCUCUCAACGGCCCUGAGGCAGUCUCUGACACAGCAGUGUGCAUCAUGGGUUUUCUACCUCCCCUUGGCCCUCGCUGUGCCUCCCUCUGUGUUUGCUGUCCACAUACAGUUCAACCUUCUGUACCAGUUUUGGAUCCACACUAAGAUGAUCAGACACCUUGGUCCAUUGGAGUGGAUAAUAAACACACCAAGUCACCACAGAGUUCAUCAUGGCCGAAACCCCUACUGCAUUGACAAGAAUUAUGGAGGAACUCUCAUUAUUUGGGACAGAAUCUUUGGUACCUUUGCUUCGGAGGGUGAUAAGGUUGUCUAUGGUCUCACACAGCCAAUAAACACGUUUGACACCCUAUUUGUCCAGUUUCACUACUAUCCUUACAUUUGGGGAAAAUUCUGGAAAGCACCUGGCAUCAAAAAUAAACUUUGGAUCAUCUUCAAGGGACCCAGCUGGGAACCAGGCAAACCAAGACUGGGAGAUCGCACAUUAGUACCCAAGGUUACUGGAGAGGAGGUGCCGCACAAUCCCACAUGGCCACUUGUUCUACAAGCAUACGUGUCCCUACAUUUCUUACUCCUGCUGGGUAUCUACAAUGAUGUGUUAGAUACAAAGACGAUGCUUUCCCAGCUGGCCCUGCUGUUGAUGACUGGCUACAUCAUAUUCACACUGACCUCCCUUGGGUUCAUCAUAGACCGAAGGCCAAAUACAGCCAUCUUGGAGAUGUUCCGAUGUGUCUUGUUCCUGGUGCUGUAUAGUUUUGGGUAUGUGAAGGCAGUCGUGCCUUUGCUAUCAACACCCACUGAGAUUUUCGUCUCACUCUCAGCAUUGUACUGGGGCUUGCAAACUCUGGGUGAACUGGCAGAUGGGAAGAACAAACAGCAAUGAAAGAAAACUGAAGGAAAAGGAGAGCCGACUCCCUCUACAGCAUGUCACGAGCAUAUCAUUCUCCUUCAAGGUUUCAGUCCUCUUUCCAGCUUCACAAAAUCUAAUCAUCCUGCCUGUGAUCAAAUAACAGUGUACCAAAGGAGUUUGUUUUUCAGUUGUGUUUAGGUGUAAUGGCCUUCUUUGGCCUUCUUUGUGCUCAAGUGUAAUGACCUCCUUUUAUUUCCUCUUCAAAAAUAAGCAUCAGCUCACCCUGAGAACACAACUGAAGAAGUGUAUGUGUUUUUCUAUUUUAAGCCACACAACUUGUCUCAUGACACUGUGGAACCU